AUGCUUGGUUAUCCCGCUCAUUUUGGUCAAAUGGAAUGUUUGAAAUUAGUGGCAAGUCCAAAAUAUGCUGAUAAACGUUUAGGAUAUCUUGGUAUCAUGCUUUUGAUUGAUGAAAAGACCGAAGUAUUGACCUUGGUGACCAAUAGUUUGAAAAAUGAUUUAAAUCAUAAUAAUAUGUAUAUUGUGGGCCUAGCUCUAUGUACUCUUGGCAAUAUCUCUUCUUCCGAAAUGGCUCGUGAUUUGUGUGCAGAAGUGGAAAAGUUACUCGGUAGUUCCAAUACAUAUAUUCGAAAAAAGGCUGCUCUUUGUGCUUUACGUAUCAUUCGUCGUGUUCCCGAACUUUAUGAAAAUUUUAUGGCUCGAUCCAAAUCUCUCUUGAAUGAUCGCAGUCAUGGUGUUUUAAUCACUGGUAUUACUUUGGUAACUGAAAUGUGUCAACAAUACCCCGAAAACAUUGAAGUUUUUAGAAAAGCUGUUCCUCUUUUGGUUCGUCAUUUGAAAAAUCUAGCCAGUGCUGGAUUUUCUCCUGAACAUGAUGUUACUGGUGUCACUGAUCCCUUCUUGCAGGUCAAGAUUCUUCGUCUUUUACGUAUUCUCGCCCAAAAUGAUCAAGAAGCAUCUGAAGCCAUGAAUGACAUUCUUGCUCAAGUCGCUACCAAUACUGAAAGUACUAAGAAUGUAGGCAAUUCUAUUCUAUAUGAAACAGUUUUAGCCAUUAUGGAUAUUCAAAGUGAAGCUGGAUUACGUGUAUUAGCUGUCAACAUUCUAGGAAAAUUCUUAAGCAAUAGGGACAAUAACAUUAGAUACGUUGCUUUGGAAACGUUGAACAAAACUGUGGGUAUCGAAACUCAAGCUGUGCAACGACAUCGAAAUAUUAUCUUGGAUUGUCUUCGUGAUGGUGAUAUCUCUAUUCGUCGUCGUGCCUUGGAACUUAGUUUUGCCCUAAUCAAUGAAGGAAACGUGCGGGUAUUAACUAGAGAAUUAUUAGCCUUUUUAGAAGUGGCAGAUACAGAAUUCAAGCAGAGUAUGACAACAAAGAUCUCUCUAGCAGCGGAUAGAUUUGCUCCCAACAAACGAUGGCACAUUGAUACUAUGUUACGCAUGUUGAAAUUGGCUGGAAAUCAUGUACGCGAAGAAGUACUUGCUGGAUUCAUCCGUUUAGUGGCCCAAACAACCGAUAUGCAACAAUAUACUGUACAAAAACUAUUUGCUGCAUUGAAACGCGAUAUUUCUCAGGAAGGGCUUGUUUUGGCUGGUGUUUGGGUGAUAGGCGAAUAUGGUGAUGUCUUGAUUGAUGGUGGUAUAUUUGAAGAUGAAGAUACUCCAAUGGAGGUAUCUGAUACUGCAGUAGUUGGUUUGUUGGAAUCGAUUCUUAUGGGUCCUUAUGCUAAUCAACUCACCCGUGAAUAUGUCUUGACUGCAUUGAUGAAAUUAUCCUCUCGAUUAUCAGAUGGUAUGGUUCAAGAAAAGAUCAAGGAAAUUCUCAACAAACAUACUGUAAGCAUGGAAGUAGAAAUUCAACAACGUGCUGUGGAAUACACCAAUCUCUUCUCAUUUGAUACCAUCCGUCCAGCUGUACUUGAACGCAUGCCUGUUCCUGAAGGUCAUACAAUUAUUGAAUCUGGAAGCAAUGGUCCAAAUAGUCCUGUCUCGGGUCGUGCAUCAUCAAAGACUGGACCUAGCGAUCAAGAUCUUUUAUUGGACUUGAUGGGUGUUGGUACUGCUUCUAGUGGUGGCGUUUUGGAAGAAUCCGAAGGAAUCCCUCAAAGUCCUGUAGCAUCGAAUAUGUCAACAACAACUACAACCCCUAAACAAAACAUCGAUAUUUUGGCCGAUCUCUUUGGAUCUAGUGGAUCAACAUCAAGCUCACCUUCUCAACCGCAACCAACAACAACAUCGACUAGUUAUGGUGGCAAUUCUUUGAUGGAUUUACUUGGAGGUGAUCAACCUACAACGAUAACGACAACGACAAACGGAAGUGGAUUGGAUUCUUUAGCUGGAUUAUCUUCAAGUUUGGAUACAAUGAGUUCACCUUCAAUGACUACAUCUUCAGUACCACAACAACAACAACAACAAAACAUACCAGGAUAUGAAGCUUAUAAUAAAAACGGUCUUCUUAUCCAUUUGGUACCAUCUCGUGAUCGAAAGAAUCCUGCCAUUAUCAAUAUCCAGGUCUUAUACAACAAUAAUGGAAGUCAAGGUACAAUUACUGGACUUCAAUUCCAAGCUGCUGUACCGAAAAGUCAACGUUUACAAAUGGCGGCUGCUAGUAGUACAACUGUAACACCCUCUAACAUGGAAAAGCAAAUGAUGCGCAUCAACAACCCACAACAGGUAAGAUUUAUAUAUACAUACAUAUAUAUAUAUAUAUAUAUGUGA